CUGAUUUAUUUAGAGAGUACAACAUUUAUAUAUAGCACACCUGAAAUAUUUAGUAUACGGUAACCUACAGGUACAAAUUACUUCGUUCAGGUGUGUUUACCGACGCCAUUUAGAAAUUCAAAUUUCGUUUUCAAGCCAAGGAUGUUAUGCCAAUGAAGAUGAAUCGUUUGUGGAUAUUACUCAGCCUGGUGACCAUAUCAAGUGCACAACUGCUGAGUACAGUGUGCCCAGCAGGAUGGCUGGCCAGUGGGGAUACCUGCUUUCAGUUCAAUAUCUAUCCACCUAUGAAGUACGACGAGGCUAGCCAGUAUUGCCAGCAAAAUGGAGCUGCCCUGGUCAGUGUGAACGAUAUGGUAGAGCACGGGUUUAUUGCAGCACAACUUUUGAAUCUGGACAGAUUAAGGCAAGACUGGUACACGAGUGGUGAAAGAGACUCGUCAAAAAAGAUCCCCCGGUAUGUGUGGACUGCCAUCGACAGAGAAAUUCCAAUGAAUUCACAGUUUUGGCGCGAUAUCACGCAGCCAAAUAACACGGACAUCACCAGGGACAUCCUCGUGUAUGGCUUUGAUCCCAGAAAUCUGCAGUAUAACAUCAUAACAGUAUCUGACAGAAACAUGAAAAGGUCAUUUAUCUGUGAAAUCAGUCGAAUGGAAGUGUACAGGAUCAACGCACAAUCAAGAGGUUUUGACUAUGGUGUAUCCAGUCAGAAUGUCAACAUGGUCCCACGGGGGCCCAAGUUUGUGAUGGAGGCCAGCAGUACAGUAGUGAUGAUGGAGAAAUCCAGCCGCUCCGUCAACAUGGAGUGCAUCGCCUUCUCCAUCCCCCAGGCAGAGUAUUUGUGGACACGAAAUACCUCAACUGGCUUAGUUGCGAUUAAUUCUCAGAUGAACUCCCGAUACACCAUAUCCAAUGGAAGGCUGACGAUAGACUAUCCCACUGACACCCUUGACAAUGGCUUCUACCAGUGUACAGCCUCCAACAUUGUCGGAAAAAUCAUCAGUUCAUUUGCCCAACUCACAUUUGCAACUUUGGGCCAGUUCUCCCCAGUUCAGACAGAAGGUGUGAAUCCCAAGUAUGCGGAAGGAGCUUUGAUGGAAUGCCCCAAGAUCCCAUCCAGUCUGGCAGGCGGUGUUAGCUACCAGUGGAUGAAGUCUGUUACACAAUCAGGAUUCCUGGACUCUGAAUACGUCAGACCAGAGCUCAACAGCUACAUCUUCGUAUCGUCCAACGGACGUCUGUACUUCUCCGAAGUGACGGAGGCCGACCACGGCUGGUAUCGUUGCAUAGCAACCCUCACCACCUCGAACAUCUACAUGAACUACAUCAGCACUGAGGGCACCCAGUCACGUAUCAGCCAGGCGAUCAGGCUAAUGACCCGCGGCAGUACUGCUGGCAAGUAUCCACCUAUGAUCCAGGACAGCUUCAUCAACGUGUAUCCCUCAUCCCCUGUAGUUGGCAUGAACGUGAGUCUGGAAUGCUUCGCAUACGGAACACCGCCGCUGUUGUACUCGUGGACUGUUCAUCGUUGGGAUAAUCGGCGGUACACCCUGGAAGACCAUGAUCGUGUGCUGCGGAUACAGAACGUUGUUCAGGACGACACUGGCCGGUUCACGUGUACUGUCACCAACAAGGCUGCCUCACAAACGGACUCCAAAACUUACACUCUCUAUGUGGAAUCCAAGCCUCAGUUUGUGAUGCCCCUGAUGGACCAGCACCUUGACGUUGGUACCAAGCAGCUGACGUGGCAGUGUGAGGCUCGCUCUGUGCCCUUCCCCACAUACACCUGGUACAAGGAUGGCGUGAGGAUCACCAACAGCAGCAACGGCGAAGUUCAGGUCAUCAGCAACAUCCUGUUCCUGCGCAACCUUCAGGAAAAGCGCGACAGCGGCAUGUACCAGUGCUUUGCAGAGAACUCCCAUGGGACGUCAACGUCCGCCGCACAGCUUAGGAUUCUCUCCUUGGCCCCCACCUUUGAGAAGAACCCUAUGGCCCUAACCAAGGCGGGAGCCCUGAAAGGGGAUGUUACGAUAGAGUGCAGGCCUGAGGCUGCUCCUACACCAGAGAUCAACUGGUUCAUGAAUGGGGGAGGGCUCAACCCCUCUUCAAACCCUAGUGACCCUCUGUACAGGAAUAUUAAGGGUGACCUGGUAAUCAGGGACUUGCAGCAAUCCAAUGCUGGGACGUACGAAUGUCGGGCUGUCAAUUCCCUUGGGGAAGCGAAAAACUCAACCUACUUGAGUAUUUACGCGGCAACUGUGAUCUCCACCCCUCCGAGUAGAGACACGACCGUGAGCUUGAACUCCACAGCGUUCAUCAACUGCCAGGUCUCCUUCAACCGAGACAACCUCGACAUCGUCUACCAAUGGCUCUUCAAUAACCGCACCAUUAACAUCAGCAGUGACUCGCACUAUGAGCAUGGUCUACCCCCCCAGGAAGGUGGCCUGUACAUUCGGGACGCCCAGUACUGGCAUGGAGGCAUGUACACCUGCAGGGCAACAACCCAGGUCGACGCAACUGAGGCCACUGGUAGACUCUGGAUCACAGGUCCACCGAGGGAGGUAUCCGGUGUGGAUGCUUACAGCUCAAUGAGCAACGUUCAGCUGCCGAUGGGGGAGAAUAUCGGGGAGUUUGAUGCGCUGCUGCGCUGGACAGAUCCCCAGGAAGAUGCAGCUCCCAUCACGUACUACAACAUCUACGGGAGAACUAACUACUCACAAAUAUACCGUCAGCUUUACUCCUCUAUUCCUGCCUCUCAAACGGUGAUAACGGGGGGAAUAGAUUCCUUCCGACGACAGUUCUUCAUGAAGGGCCUCAUGCCCGGUGUCAACUAUGAGUUCACGGUUCGAGCUGUCAACAUGUACGGUGUCGGCACGGAGAGCAAGCCUUCAAGGAAGGUGACCAUCGGUGCAGCGCCGCCAAGGAAGGCUCCAGUCAACGUGGGAGGCGGCGGGGGUAGUGUGGGCACUCUGAAGAUUACGUGGGAUCCCUUGCACCCAGAAGACCACGGUGGGUGGGGUAUAGGGUAUGAAGUGGAGUACAGACGUAGGCCUCCAGAUGCGCAAGCAGGCGGCAACUUCAAAUGGACAAAGGUGAAUGUGACUGGCAACGUGGGGGAGUACUCAGCAGAGAUAGGCGGGGAGAACUACUUCCUGGAGUAUCAGGUUCGAGUCAGCCCCUACAACAAUAAGGGAAUAGGGCCUGCAGGAGUCAAUGACAGUGUCAUGUCAGCUGAAGCAAUUCCCAAUGGUAUCCCGAAGAAUAUCUAUGCUGAACCACACAAUGAGUCGGCUCUAGUUGUGCGCUGGGAUCCGAUUUCUGACACGCGAGAGGUCAUCAAGGGAAAACUGGCUGGAUACAAGAUUCAUUACUGGCUGAAAGAUAGAGAGACCCAGUCUGAGGCCAGACAGAACAUCAUCUACGGCAAUGCGGACCACGGCCUGAUCAUUGGUCUAAUGCCGGACACCUUCUAUACAGUCACUGUGAUGGUCUUCAAUGGAGCUGGAAACGGUGUCAAAGGAGAGGUCUACCAUCAGACUACUGAUAGAUUUGCUCCACUGACCUAUCCUGUGGACAUCAAGAUCUAUCCCUAUGGUAACCACUCAGUGAUGUUAACAUUCCGAGGUGUUAACACGGGCGUGAUUGAGGAACCACUCCUCGGUUACAAGGUGAAGUACUGGCGUGACUCUGAGGACAUCCGCAAUGCCAAGGAGGCCAAUCUGGAGCGUAAUGUGGAGGGUGUGCUGUAUGAUGUGCAGGUGAACACGCUCUACCACUGUCGCGUGUACGGCUACAGCGUCGGUGGAGACGGCAAGGGCAGCUCACCGGACACACUCUUCACCUACACAGAGGAAGGUAGGGUGAUCGGUAUACAGGUGGAUCCAACCACGUCCAACUUUGUGUACGUAGUCAGGGAUGAUAUCAACACAGCGGCGAUGGCGUCUUAUGGAGCAACCCUGCUGAUUUCCAUCAUAGCCGCAGCUGUCUUAUGGCUGGUUUAGUGUGGACUGCUUUGCAGAAAUUGAAAUAUAAAUCAUUGUAUUGCAAUUUGUAUGAAAAUUGUACAGAGAAAUUUACGAUUUACCAUAUCACCAUUGAUUGCAUGAUACUUAAAUACAGGCUUUUCUAAUUGAUUGAAUGUGUAUGUGAGCCAACACAAUUUCUAAGAGCUUUGUUUCCAUUUAUUUUCUCAAAUGUCUUAUACAGGUUCUGUGUUGAGUCUUUCCUACGUUUUUGUGUGUGUAAAUUCUGUAUUUCUCUCUUGCCCGAUAGAUAUGAUGCACCUUUUAACAAGUGCUUUUAUUAUGAGCCAUUAUCAUGACAUAAUAAUGUUUAUGUUAAAAAAAAUCCAUUUGUUUGUAAAGACAUCUGAAAUCCUGCAAGUCAAUGCAGUUUUAAAUUUUGUAUUUUUUGUAUCAUAUAUUGUUCUUUAAAAAAAGGUCUUUUAGUAAUGUGUCUGCAUUGGACUCUUACAUGAAAAAUUUGAUUCAAUAGACUUAUUCUGUCAUGUUUUCUCAUGUGAUUUUGAGUGAUAAGAAUUUAUAGGUGUGUACUAAAUAUGAUUGUGCUGUUGUGUGCUGGAUCAAUGUUAGUCUAGAAGACGCCGAAUUUCAAACACUCAGGAACUUAAUUUUGGACAUUUUCUCAAAAGAACCUUAGGUUCUUGUAUAUUUUCUAAACAUCAAAAUCAAUCAUCUAGACUGGUAACAGUUGUAGUCAACAGGUACAUCACCUUAUAAUUGAAACUUACUAUAAUUGUAACUUACUAAACAUGGAUUGUCUGUCCUUGACAAUAUCUCAUUUAAAACUGAAUUCCAUUUUCCUUAUUGUAGCCGUUAAUUUAGUUAUGAAAAGAUUUUCGUUCAAUGUCGUUGCUUUAAACUAAACAUUCUCUCCAGAAUUUGUGUUAUUAUUGAUAACCUUUAUUCUCUUUAAAGUAUACAAUGUUUGUAUCUAAUCUGAAAUUUAAAAAGAAAAAUACAGAGCUUUUGUGUGUCUAUUAGAAAAUCCUGUAUUUUUCCAUUCUCACUCAUGCUUAUGUGAUUUUCAUAAAAUACACCCAUUUACUAUUUAAAUUGUAUGUUUAUAAUGUGUGCAUUUGAAUAUUGAAUUCUUAAAUAAAUGUCAUUAUGUGGUAUUUAUGAUUAUUUCACAUUGUUUAUCAACAUCCCAUAUGUACAUACAUCAUCUACAUAUACCUACAAUUGUGUUUAUUCUCUUUUUUGUAAUGAUAGGUUUAGGUUUUGUAUAGAUUUUAGAUAUGUGCACUAUUUUUGUACUCAAUUUUUAUGUAAAUAGGUAUGUGUAAUUUGUAUGAAUACUGCGAUUUUCACCUCAGACCCUUAUUUCAUGUAAAUAGAUGGUCUUUGCAAGAAUUUUUAUACGCCCGUAUAAAAUACGGGACGUAUUAUGUGAAACCCCUUGGUGGGCGGGCGGGCGGCGGGCGGGCGGCGGGCGGAAGGCAUCACUUUGUCCGGACUCUAAUUCAAAUUGUAUUCAUCCGAUCUUCACCAAACUUGGUCAGCAGUUGCAUCUAGUUGAUAUCUAGGCCAAGUUCGAAUAUGGGUCAUGCCGGGUCAAAAACUAGGUCAUAGGGUCAAUAAGUGCAUUUUCAAAGGGGCCACUUUGUCCGGACUCUAUUUCAAAUUGUAUUCAUCCGAUCUUCACCAAACUUGGUCAGCAGUUGCAUCUAGUUGAUAUAUAGGCCAAGUUCGAAUAUGGGUCAUGCCGGGUCAAAAACUAGGUCAUAGGGUCAAUUAGUGCAUUUUCAACGGCGCCACUUUUUUUUGCUUAUUUCCAAAACAAAUACAUCAAUCAUCAGUGUAUCAUCUCCAAUGGCACACGAAUCGGGCGUAUAUUGCUCCGUCAUGCGGCGCUCUUGUUACAUUAUGGCGUGUCAAGUUCAACAGGUUUAAAAAUAUAGGUGAAGUGAACAUGUUUAUUGCUAAACCAAAGAUAAAAAGAAAUAAUUUAUUGUACUAACCUAACGUUUCAAUAUUCCUCAAUGCAUAUUGUAACAGGCAAGAUGGAAAACAAACAUUGAUUAUGCUUACAAAGUGUUUAUUUUUAAUUCCUUGAAUGACUACUGCUAUAUACGGAUGAUGUUAAACUGUUGAGACGUUUCAUGAAGUAGGGUCCUAAUUAUAUACCAUCAGCCAAUCAGAAUCUCAAUUUUUUUCAGCAAUAGACACAUGAUGCUUUUCACUCUGCUUUCUGAAAUUAUACACAACUGUCUCGUUUUACUUUCUUGCCUGAAAAAUUGCGUCUUCUGUUCUAAUGUUUCAAUGCCAGGUGAGAUCAGGACUCCAGUAGUAAUAACAAUUUUCAAACAAUCCGCAUAAAAUAGCUGUUGCAGCAAAACAAUUAUGCCUUUGAUGUUUUAUUGUACCUUUUCAUAAAUGUACAUGCCCACCAUAAAUACUUACUGUACAAUUAAUGAAUUCGGUCUUUGAAGUGACCGUCUCUUAACCUCUUACAUAUCCACAAAAAGUCAGGGUUUAUUUAAUCAGCUCAUAAUUUGUUUGAUAACUUAAGUCAGAAUUUGCUAACCUCAGCAUUUUGCUUACUUGUAGUUUUUCUUUGAUGCUUAAUUUUGUAUGUAUGUUUUAAAUUUUGUUUGACACAAAACUGACAAAAGUUGUUUGCUUCUUGCUGUUACGCACAAGAUGAAAUUCUAGUACGUAAUUUGAUUUUUUCAAUAAAUUUAGUAAUAAAUAAUAUUUUAGAGAAAUAGAAGGGGAAAAAGAAUCAGCUUUUAAAGUAAUACAUGAGAGCAUACAACAGUUUGUAUACAAAAGGAAAGUGCUUCAAGUUUGGUGGUCAUUCUAAGAUAAUCAAAUUGUGUACAGUACAAUGUACUGUAGUUAUACUUUUAUCAUUCAGUUGCUUCCUUUCAUUCGCUGUAAUCUGCUUAUAAUUACAAUAUUUUGUAUAAUUGUACAAUUUAAUUGCUUCCUUCCAUUCGCCAUUAUGUGCUUAUAAUAAAUUAUAUUAUAUGUAUUCAUCAUUCCUAUGUAAUUGAUUACAUUCCUCUGUGAAAUAUUAACUUCGAUUUUACAAGUCCAUAAUUUAUAUUAUAUUCUUGAAACAACACCGGUAUUCUGUGUACAUUUUUCUUGUAUGUACCAUUUAUCAAGUCAAACAGUGUUGUUGUUUGUUUUUUGUUUAAUCAACUUUAUCUUUUGUUUCUAAAUAAAAUAACAAUUCCAGCUAUAUAAUGAAUUCCAUACAGAUGUAUAUUCAAAUAUGUUUACCCUUUUGUGUAAUAAAAUAGUUUUAGAUA